UGCGCGGUGGGCGUGAUCCGGGCACUUAGGGCAGGAUGAACGCUGCUUUCCAAGAUGGCGACGGAGGGAGGAGGGAAGGAGAUGAACGAGAUUAAGACCCAAUUCACCACCCGGGAAGGUCUGUACAAGCUGCUGCCGCACUCGGAGUACAGCCGGCCCAACCGGGUGCCCUUCAACUCGCAGGGAUCCAACCCUGUCCGCGUCUCCUUCGUAAACCUCAACGACCAGUCUGGCAACGGCGACCGCCUCUGCUUCAAUGUGGGCCGGGAGCUCUACUUCUAUAUCUACAAGGGGGUCCGCAAGGUACCGACCCGGGCGUCACCGGGGCUCGCCAGCGGCGUGGGCAGAGGCCAGGAGCAGGGCGGUGACAGCGGAGGCCAGGGUGACCGAUGGGCUGGCCGUCGGUCUUACUUUUGAGUGGGCCGGUAACUCCACUG